AUGGCCACGGUGAAACUCGACGUAGCAUUCCGCUUCGGUCCGCUCGACAUCGUAGCUCUAUCCCUCUGCCUGGCCAUCGGCACCCUCUGGUAUUACUAUCAUCAUCACCGAGGUCGAUCCCAGCUCCCGCUCCCUCCCGGCCCAGAAGGGCUCCCCCUCGUCGGUAACGCGCUGCAGAUCCCGGGCUCGAAACAGUGGCUCGCGUUCGAUCGCUGGGCGAAGCGAUACGGGACGAUCUACUCCGACCGGCCGACGGCCGUCAUGGCCGGCGAACUCGUCGGCUGGUCGCGCGGGCUGGGCUACACCCCCUCCGCCCGCUCCGCCCGCUUCCGGGCCUUCCGCCGCCUCUUCGCCCGCUUCCUCGGCCUCGACGACCUCGUCUCGGCGCAGGAAAGGGAGAACGCGAGAAUGCUGGGCAGGCUCGCGCGGGAGCCGGCGCGGUUCUUGGCCCACUUCCGCGACUCGACGGGCGCGCUGAUAUUGCGGUUGGCGUACGGGUACGAGGCGGGGCGCGAGGACGGGGAUGGAGGUGGAGGUGGCGGUGGCGGUAAGAGAGACGAGAUGGUGAGGAUCGCGGAGGAGGCGAUGGACGGGUUCGCGAGGGCGAGCGAGCCCGGGCGGUAUUGGGUCGACCAGUUUCCUAUACUGCGAUACGUACCCGAAUGGAUGCCCGGAGCGGGGUUCAAGGCGGACGCGAGGGAGAUGCGGAGGGCGCUCGAGCGGUUGUACGACGUGCCGUACGCGUUCGUGAAGGAGCAGGUGAGAGAGCGUAAAGCGCUGAAAUCGUUCACGUCGACGUAUCUCGAAGAGAGAGGAGGAGGACGAGGCGCGGAAGGGGAAGAGCUCAUCAAGGCCGCCGCGGCGUCGCUGUAUUCCGGCGGGGCGGAGACGACGCCGUCCUCGCUCGCCGCGUUCGUGCUCGCGAUGGUGCUCUUCCCCGCGGUGCAGAUCAGGGCGCAGCGCGAGAUCGACGCGCUGCUCGACGCGGAUGCGGAGCCGGCGCGGCUGCCCGCGCUCGCGGACCGCGGCUCCCUGCCGUACGUGGACGCGAUCGUGAAGGAGGUGUACAGAUGGAACCCGGCCGUCCCGCUCGGACUGCCGCACCGGCUGAGGGAGGAGGACGCGUACCGCGGCUGGCGCGUGCCGCGCGGGACGACGGUGUGGGCGAACAUCUGGGCGAUGCUGCACGACGAGCGGUACUUUCCCGAUCCGGAGGCGUUCAGGCCCGAGCGGUAUCUGGACGCGGAGGGGUGGUCGAGGCGCCGAUUGGAGAGGGAGGAGGAUCCGGGCGAGAUCGCGUUCGGGUUCGGGAGGAGGAUAUGUCCUGGGCUUCAUCUGGCGGACAGCAGCGUGUUCCUCGGGGUCGCGACGAUGCUGUACGCGUUCAGGAUGUCGAAGGCGCGGGACGAGGAGACGGGGGAGGAGAUCACGCCCGUGGCCGAUUUCGACGGGUUCAUCAGCCAUCCAAAGCCGUUCAAGUGUCGGAUCGAGCCUCGCACGAGCGCGAUAGCGGCGUUGUUAGCCCAAGCAUAA